AUGACCGCGUGCUCCUCCAAUUCGCCAAAUCUUGAAUGUUUUUCCACAGGUCUAUCAAGUCUAGGCGGUAGCAGCGAAUCCGCCUCUCCCAAUGAUGACUUCUGCUCCGAGGGCUAUCUAGUUCUCACCUUCAAUAAAGGCAAGGACGCAAAAGUGAAAACAGCAGCCUUUGCUGAUGUGUCAGAAUUAGGGUAA